UCACUGAAAGACAUAGUGACGGCGCCACAGAACAACAUAGACACAAAGUUCAUACUUUUGGACAAAGGCAGCAACACAGUAGAAGGCCGAAACAAGACAUGCAUGGCGCUUGUGGCCGACGAGACUGCCGCAGUUCACUUCCAGCUGUGGGGAGAUGAGCGCGAUGCGUUUGAGCCCGGCGACAUCAUGCAGUUGUCCAGUGGCAUCUUCUCUUACAGCAGGAACAACAGCCUAGUGCUGAGGGCCGGCAAGAGGGGCAUGGAGAUAGUUGGAGAGCUUACCAUGGUGUUCGUUGAGACGCCCAAUAUGAGUGAGAUUUGCUGGGUUUCUGACCCGAAUAACUCGAAGAAGUACAUUCCGGAGGCUGUGAUCUCCCCAUCUUUCCACCGAAGAAUUGAUCUUUUCAAGUCUUGA